UCCUCUUUUUGCUCCUGCAGCAUUUCGGACUUUUUUUGCUUGUGGUUUCCUUGCUCCCACUUUGGAAGUGCGCGCGUGCACGUGGCGAGCACCCACCGCAUGUAUUUUUGACUCCCCUAAAAGUGGGUUUGGCACCGCACUUGUUUCCGUUUCCAUGGAAACCCUAUCCUCCACGUGGGACCCUGUUGACCAUUGUGACGUAAUCGCCGUCGGAGAGUCGAGUCACAAUUCUUCGCAUGGUUGGGAGUCGUGUGUGUUGAGCAGGUCUCCCCCUGCUGGCAGCUUGUGGUCAGAGCACCUGCAAAGGAACAAACAGCUUGAGGAUGCGCUGCGGUGGCGGGACGAGGAAAUGGGUCGCCUCCGGGACGAGAACGACAAACUGCGCCGAUUCCUCGACCGGUUGUCCGGCGACCUAAAUCAAAACUUGAGCGCCGACAGAACCAAGAAUCUGAACCGGAAGCGGCCGUACCACGUCGGACGGUUCGAGAACUCCGCUCGGCGCCACCUUCAGGUCAGCAAGCACGUAUGUCGGAACCUUAGCGUGGAGUUCAGUUCUACUGAGUUCAGUUCCGACGAAUCCGGUACCCCCUCCUCCGAACCAGCGCUCGACCUUUGGGUUCUGAGGACUCUCGGUCUGAAGGACCCAGCCACCAUCGACACGUCCUCGCCGCUCGGCCACCAAAUCGAGAGCGACCGGUCAGACUUCAACCACGCCGCCCUGCUGCAAAGUCCUUCCACCGUCACGACGUCCACACCAAACCUCAGCGGUUCACUACCAGAAAAACUGUUCCCCGAGGAGAAUCGCUUCAGCCAGGCUCCUUUCAGUGGUCCGUCGCCGAACUGGUCCCGUACCCCACAGAGUCCGAGGCUAAGUGAUUGUCCCACAGGGGGGAGUCCAGACUUGGUCUUCGCAAUGUCCCUGAGCCCCACUAGUAACGUGAAGACCCUCAGCUACCCUCAGGGGCAGGCCUUCGUCAGGACCGAUCCCCAAGGACGCUACAACUUCACUUGGUUGCCAACACACAUCUCCAGAAACCAGGAUCCUGGUAGUGGACUUGUGGGGGCACGGAACCCCAUGACCUGAGACUACUUCUGGAAUUCUCAUUUACCCGUGCCAAACUCAGAACCAUUUUGCCCCUCUGAGGCCACCGUAGACGAGUGUGUAGGUUGAUUAAUGGAUGGUUGUUGUUCCAAAUAAACAUGUUAGUGUACAAUAGAAAGACACAUUUUUCAAUGAUUUGGUUUUGAACUUUUUUG